AUGAUGAACUUGGUAAUAUUGAUCUUUGUAUCGAUUCUUCAACACUACUGUAUCACUGACUUAAAGAAAAUCGGUAUUCAAAACAGUUUCCAGUUGAUAUUACAUUAUUUAUACCAUUUGGAACGUUCAUCUUUAUCAUUUAACGUCAUUAGCCAUCAGUUUGAUAACCUAGGUUCUAAAUAUCAGCAUGUCAUUUUCAUUAACCUAAAUAUUGCUGAAGAAAAGAACGGAUUUAAAUUAAAAUAUUUGAUUUUGAUGGAUCCUUCAGAUGAGAGAGAAACAAAAGAUGAAAUAGCACAACCAGUUAGCAGACAAGAUAGUCAAAUUCUAAAAGAAAGUGUUAUUAAAAGUAUUUAUGAUUCACUUUCUUCGGCAAAAAGUCGAAAAGUCACUUUAAAUCAAAUAUGUCGUUGUUUACAAAUGCUUAAUCAAUGUCCUACUUCAGCUACUUUGGAUAAAAUCUAUUCUGAUUAUACACCUGAAGAUAUGGAAGGGAUUGGACCAGAGAGUAUUGCUAUAGAUUUGGAUCAAUUUACUGAAAUAAUUCAAACAUAUUCCUAUACAAGAGAGGAAAGAUUGAAUCAAUUGAAUAAUGCAUUUCUGUUCUUUGAUAAAAAUGAAUCUGGUGUCGUGGAUACAGAACCAAUGAAAACAAUGCUGUUAACUGUCGGUGACUGUUUUACAGAUAAGGAGUGUAAUGAAUUUUUUAAAGAAGCUGCACCUGGAACAGAUGGAAAAUGGCCUUAUGAUGAUUUCGUCAAAAAGCUGGUCGAUGCUUAUCCACGUCCACAAUCAAAGAAAGCGAGAUCUGCAGGAACAGGUAAAAAGAGGAGUGCUAGAAAAUGA